AUGACAAAGAAAGAAUACACUAGAUCUGAGAGGGGGACCUUCUGUCUGCUGCUAUUCAGCCUGGGGUUGGGUCUUACAGGAGUUUCAGAAAGUGCCAUGGAGAAAAUUCAAGAAUUUUCAGAGGAAGAGAUAAAAUAUGACGUGGCAAAAAAUGACCAAGAAAAACAGAGCAUUGAAAUAUUAAUGAACUUGACUCUGUUAUAUAAAAAUACCAGCCUCAGCAUGUCCAAGGGUAUUCUGUCUUCCUCAGUAUUGACAUUCAGAAGAUUACAUUACUGCUUCCCCAAGGAAGAUGGUCCAGGUAGCGACAAAGAAUAUUGCAGUGGUUCAGCAGUCUGGAAAAAAGCUUCAGAAGCUAAUGGGUCAUGCAAGUUGAGCAAUAACUUCAUCCCUGGCUCCAUGGAAGUGAUCCGUGGGAUCCCCAAGACCCCCAGCUGCAAGUAUGGACAGAAUCCUGGCAUAAGGUGCUCUGAGAGCCCCGAACUGGAGACCACUAUGUGCGAGCUCACUAUGGGCAAAUAA